CGCACUGGGCUUCAAGACCAAGGCCGUGCUCCGGAAGCGGUGCCGGGACUGCUACUUGGUGAAGAGGCGCGGGCGCUGGUACGUGCUCUGCAAAAGCAACCCCAAGCACAAGCAGCGGCAGAUGCUGUAGCCCGCGCCCGAGCGGCGCCUGGAGAACCGUCUUGGCCUCAUCAAAGAAAAGUACAGCUUAAGGGCUCUGUGGCCGCGCACGUUUGGGUCAUGGGGCUCGUCGACUCAACUCCCGGGCCUUUCAGUUCUUUUUACCACCCACAUACAGACGGACAGGCCAGAGCCGGGCGGAAAGGAGCUCUCUCUCCCUGCAGGAGCGUGUGUGCUGGGCAGGAGGGUGCACCGUACGGGGAAGGCAAAGCUAGUUUCAUGCCCAGCCUCAGAGUGCAAGUUCUCCCGACAGGGCGGAGUCCGCAGGCCCUCCUGUACCCGAGGUGGAUGUGAACUCGAGUCACUGAAGUCCUGUGUGAGGACAAGAGUGAAGGACAGUCACAGCAUCUGUAACUCAAAGGAAACUAGAUUUGGUUAUGAAUAAAUGCAUUUUGUUUAGCAUUAA